CGGCCCUGGCUCAGAGGCAGCGGCAGCAGCCAAAACCAAAAACCUCCAGCCCUGCUCUGCCUCCCCGAGCCGCGGCCGGGCAUGACCAACCCCAGCUGCGCCUUCUCCGGCGGCUCGCUGUGCUCCGGGGAGGCGGCGGCGAGCGUGAGCCCGUCCGCGGAGCGCCGCAGCCCCGACGGCGGGGCGAGCUUCGGGCCGGGCUCGGGGGCCAGCGAGGGGCCGGGCUCGGGGGCCAGCGAGGGCUGCGGCUCCCUGGGCUCCCUGCGCUGCUCGCCCUCCUCCAUGGACCGCAGGAUCCCGGCCCCGGUGCGCCUGGACAUCGACACCGAGUUCCAGGCUGUGCGGCAGCAGGAGAAGGAGGACAUCAAAGUGCUCAACAACCAGUUCGUGACCCUGAUCGAGAAGGUCCAGAGCUUGGAGCAGCAGAACAAGAUCCUGACGACGAGGUGGAACUUCCUGAAGGACCAGGACAAUUCCCACUCUGACUCGGACAUCAAGGCCAUCUACGAGCAGUACAUGAGCAAAAUGAACCAGGAGAUGAAGGCGCUCAACUACGAGCAGGAAAACCUGGAGUCAGAGCUGGCGAAGGUGCUGAGCACCAUGGACACCUUCAGGAGCAAGUACGAGGAUGAAAUUCGCCUCUGCAGCGGGAUGGAAUUCACCUUCAUGGAGCUCAAAAAGGAUCUGGAUGUGAGCACCUUGCACCGCACAGAGCUGGAGGUGAAGCUCAAAGGGCUCCAGGAGCUGCUGGAGCUGAAGAAAACCAUCUAUGAGCAGGAGCUGGAGGAGCUGCUGACAGAAAUCAAGGACAUCUCCGUGGUGCUGGGCAUGGAGAGCUGCUCGCGGCCGGAGCUGGGCAGGAUCGUGGAGGAGGUCAGGGCUCAGUACGAGGCGCUGGCCCUGCGCAGCUGGGAGGAGGCCGAGGCCCUGACCCGCAGGAAGCUCACAGACAGCAGCUCCCAGCCCGGCUCCUUCGGGGGGCACCUGCUGGACAGCCGGAGAGAAAUCGCUGAUCUGAACAUCCAAAUCCAGAAACUGCGCUCCUGCAUCGUGUCCCAGAAGAGCCAGUGCCUGUACCUGGAGGAGCACAUCCGUGAGGCUGGCGAGCAGGGGGAGGGGACCCUGAGGGACGCCAAGGCCAAGGUGGCCGGGCUGGAGGCGGCGCUGCAGCGCAGCAGGGAGCACAUGGCCCAGCUGGUGCGGGAGUACCAGGAGCUGAUGAACAUCAAACUGGCCCUGGACGUGGAGAUCCUCACCUACAGGAAGCUGAUGGAAGGGGAGGAGAACAGCAUGGAGCAGCCCAUUCCCACCGUCAUCAGCGCCGUGCACUCCCGGCCCAGGCCCCUUUCUGCCAGCGCCCUGCGCAGCUCCCGGCUCUUCUCGGAGCCCAGCAGCGCCCGGGAGGCGCCGGGGCAGCGCUCCUAGGAGAAGGGAUGGGCACGGACCCCAGGCACCCGGGGAGCGCCUCCUCCUCAGCUCCAGCCUCACCCGGGCCGUGAAGGACGAGAUCCUGACAGGCUGUGCCUUCUCUUUCCGCCGUUCCAGUUCAGCUCCGUCCCCAGUCACAGCAGGAACCAGCCCCUGCGCCUUCCUCUCCAGAAUUUUAGGGACACUCCCGUCCCCUGCGCCUUCCUCUCCAGAAUUUUAGGGACACUCCCGUCCCCUGCGCCUUCCUCUCCAGAAUUUUAGGGACACUCCCGUCCCCUGCGCCUUCCUCUCCAGAAUUUUAGGGACACUCCCGUCCCCUGCGCCUUCCUCUCCAGAAUUUUAGGGACACUCCCGUCCCCUGCGCCUUCCUCUCCAGAAUUUUAGGGACACUCCCGUCCCCUGCGCCUUCCUCUCCAGAAUUUUAGGGACACUCCCGUCCCCUGCGCCUUCCUCUCCAGAAUUUUAGGGACACUCCCGUCCCCUGCGCCUUCCUCUCCAGAAUUUUAGGGACACUCCCGUCCCCUGCGCCUUCCUCUCCAGAAUUUUAGGGACACUCCCGUCCCCUGCGCCUUCCUCUCCAGAAUUUUAGGGACACUCCCGUCCCCUGCGCCUUCCUCUCCAGCUCUCCCUUCCCAGGGGGUUUGCAGUCACCCCUUGGAAUGUUCCCAGCAGUGUGCCCAGCCCAGUUUUAGCAGCUGCCGUUGGUCCCUUCGCUGGUGUUGCCAAACCCUUUCCCUGCUCUGAGGGUGGUCCUGAUGGGGCUUCCAAGGAAAGCACCAUCCCGCUUUCCACACUGCAGGAGAGGGAGGAAAACAACCCCAGGGAUGGAUUUGUCACCUCGACUGACGCAUCUGGUGACACUCUGGGGGACCCUUGGCCACUUCGGGGCAUUUCCCUGCCUAAAAUGCCUCACAACUCUUGAAUUCCAUAAUUCCUCCCUCUCUCCAGGCUCCACACAGCAGUUUCAGCUCCUAAAACUGGGGUAUUGGUUCCUAUUUAAUUGCACUGGGAACAGUCCAGUUUGGGUUGGGAGGGACCUCAAAGCCCAUCCCACCCCUGCCAUGGCAGGGACAUCUUCCACUGUCCCAGGCUGCU